UCAGCGCCUAUUCUUCUUUCUUCACUGCCUUAGCUUCAAUAACAAAUAUUAACCAUAAAAACUCUCUCUCUCUCUCUCUCAUUCUUCCUAGAACUAGAAUUACAAGAGGUUUCAUCAGAAUUAUCCCCUACGUUUAGUACUUAACUGUUAUAUUGUCAGAUCGGUCAAAAAUCUUUCGUCUGGAGAAACAUGUUGAGACUUGGGGUUUUAGUAGUAGUAUUAUAUUUCCUGGUAUAUUUGGGUGAUAAUAGAAAAAGUGUUGAAGGGCUAGGAGUAAACUGGGGAACAAUGGCAAGCCACCCAUUGGAGCCAAAAAUAGUGGUGCAAAUGCUGAAGGAUAAUGGUAUAAAGAAAGUGAAGCUGUUUGAUGCAGAUAAAACAACUAUGAAUGCACUAGCAGGUACUGAUAUUGAAGUUAUGGUUGGCAUUCCUAAUGAUCAACUUCUUACUAUGACUGAUUAUGAUCGAGCUAAAGAUUGGGUUAGACGCAAUGUCACUCGCUACAAUAUCAAAUCAGGUGUUAACAUCAAAUAUGUGGCAGUUGGUAAUGAGCCUUUUUUGACAGCCUACAACAACUCCUUUGUGAACUUAACAUUUCCAGCUCUUCAGAAUAUCCAAAAUGCACUAAAUGAAGCAGGAGUAGGGGACUCCAUAAAAGCAACUGUACCACUAAAUGCUGAUGUCUAUUUUUCACCAGAGUCUAAUCCUGUACCUUCUGCUGGUAGAUUCCGAACCGACAUAGCUGAACUAAUGACACAGAUUGUUCAAUUCAUGAACAAGAACCAAGCACCCUUUACUGUAAACAUUUACCCCUUUCUAAGUCUUUAUGCCAAUGAACAUUUCCCAUUUGACUUUGCUUUCUUUGAUGGUGCUAGCAACCCUGUAGUCGAUAACGGGGUCGAAUACACCAAUGUCUUUGAUGCCAACUUUGAUACCCUCUAUUCAGCAUUAAAAGCAGUUGGUUAUGGUAACAUGACCAUUCUAGUUGGAGAAGUUGGUUGGCCUACAGAUGGUGACAAGAAUGCUAAUUUAAACAACGCGUAUCGAUUCUAUAAAGGACUGUUUUCCAGGCUUGCAGCUAAUAAAGGAACACCCCUUAGACCUGGAUACAUUGAAGUUUACUUGUUUGGACUAAUUGAUGAGGAUGCUAAAAGUAUUGCUCCUGGUAAUUUCGAGCGACACUGGGGAAUUUUUCGAUACGAUGGGCAGCCAAAGUUUGCUAUGGACAUUUCAGGUCAGGGACAAGAUAAGCAUCUUGUUGCUGCAAAAAAUGUGCAAUAUCUACCUAAAAGAUGGUGCAUGCUUAAUCCAAAUGCUAAUAAUUUGAGCAUACUUGCUAAUAACAUUGACUAUGCUUGCACAUUCUCAGAUUGUACAUCAUUAGGAUAUGGUUCUUCUUGCAAUAAUUUAGAUGCUAAUGGAAAUGCAUCAUAUGCAUUUAAUAUGUAUUACCAGGUUCAGGAUCAAUUAGAUUUGAGUUGUGAUUUUCAAGGAUUGGCAAUGGUCACUGAUAAGAAUAUAUCUCAAGGUACUUGUAAUUUUAUUAUUCAGACAGGUAUUUACUCUGUCUCUUCCAAGGUUUUGCCUGGGAUUGUUGUAUUGCUAAGUGGCUUCACAUUUCUUUUACUGUAGAUAUAUUUACAUGUGCUAUUUUUGAUAAAUUUAUUUGCAUUACAGAUUGUAUUCAAGAAUAUUAUUGGGUAUCUCACCCUUCAAUAAAAGUUUACAGGAUUUGUGUUUUUUCGUUC